CGUGUUACUCUAUGUUGAAAGUAAUGCAUUAGGCGACUAAUUCGUCUUCGAAAAUGUCUUCCAAGUCCAAAUCUGCCUCUGUCCUGCAGCAGUUUUCGCCUGUGCCUACUACCGAGACCACAUUUGAGGAAGAAUUGUCAGAGAAUAAUGAUGAUGUACAAUGUGGAAUUGGAAGGUUUAAACCGAGGUGGCUUCAAAGAUUCGCUAAUCCAAAAGUAUACCUGAUUAAUUUUUGUCUACUAGGUUUCACUCAAGGUGCGUAUUUUACUUAUCUCAUUGGAAUUCUAUCUACCAUAGAAAAGAGAUUUGCCUUUGAAAGUAAAAUUACUGGAUUAAUCCUCAUAGCAGAUAACUUAAGUCCAAUUUUUACGAGCUUCUUGAUUGGUCACUUUGGUGGCUCUGGACACAGACCGAGAUGGAUAGCAGCAGGCAUGUUUAUUACAGCUGUCAGUUGUUUUGUAUCAGCCUCUCCUUAUUUUUUCUUUGGAGCCGGGGUUCACUUGCUGGAUCGGUCUGACAUUUCCCUCAACAACGCUAGCAGUCAACUUUGUGAAAUUUCAGGAAAAGAAUGUAUAGACGUAAAACUGUCCUCAACUAUUCCAGCAGUUUCGCUGUUCUUCACAGGUAGCUUUCUUCUAGGUUUUGGGGCCGUGGCUUAUUAUUCUAUAGGAACCCCUUAUCUAGAUGAUAAUGUUGCCAAGAAAGACUCACCUCUAUAUUUUGCUGUUUCAUUUGCCCUUCGAUUGUUUGGACCAGCUAUAGGAUUCUUAUUAUCAUCAGCAUGUCUUCGUUUGUAUGAGAAUCCAACUUAUGAUCCAGGAUUUGGGACAAAAGAUCCACGAUGGAUAGGCGCGUGGUGGUUAGGAUUUGUUAUCCUUGGCCUCGCUUUGAUAUUAUUCACUCUUCCAAUCUGUCUUUUUCCUCGACGUCUACCUAGGAAAACUGGAAAUACAAAGGCUGAAAAGGCUCGUAUGGAUCAUAUCUUGUCAGAAAAAAAUAAGGCCUUUAAGGAAAAACUCAAAGAACUCCCAAAGGCCUUACUAAGAUUGUUCAAGAAUCCUAUGUUAAUGUGCCACACAUUAGGAUCAAAUUUUCGAUUCAUCGCCAUGUUUGGUUUCUACAUUAGUAUGCCAAGAUAUGUAGAAAGUCAGUUUCGACAGUCGGCUUCAUCUGCGAGCUUUUAUUCAGGUACAAUCAGUAUAUUCACAAUGCUAAUAGGAAUACUUGGAGGAGGUGCAAUAAUACGAAAAUUUAAACCUAGACCAAAGUACCUCACCGGCUACAUGUUUGCGGUGGAGGUCAUCGGUAUUCUCGGCCUCUUAGCAUCGAUGUUUAUUGGAUGCACUUCUCUCAAUCUCGCAGGAUCCACCAUCUCUGAAAAUGGCAUUCAGUUGGAAAAUAGCUGUAAUUCUCAUUGUGGAUGCACGACAAGAGUUUUUAAGCCUGUCUGUGGGCCUGAUGGUGUAUCUAACUAUUUCUCACCAUGUUUUGCUGGCUGCACUGGCGAGACUGGAGAAGGGAAGUCUAUAGUAAGGUUUCACAAACUGCAGCUGUGUAGUAAACGAAAUGAACACUUUUCCGAGGCAGAGGUCACGAGCAAAUAUUGUCCCUUUGAAUGUGGAAACUUUGUUUUCUACAUCGUAGUACUUUGCAUUGGCAAGAUGAUUUCUGCUACAGCUAGAGUAGGAAACACUCUCGUAACUCUUAGGUGUGUGGAACCAAAGGAUAAAAGUCUUGCACUUGGAGUUCUUGAGGCGUUUUUUUGUCUAUUUGCAUUCAUCCCUUAUCCCCUAAUUUAUGGCGCCAUUGUCGACUCUUCAUGUUUGGUGUGGGAAGAGACAUGUGGAGAAACGGGAAACUGCUGGAUUUAUGACUCUGAGAAAUUCCGAUAUUCUCUCCAUGGAGCAUCUCUAGCGUUUCUUACCCUCAGCGUUAUCUUCGAUUUUCUGGUCUUUCUUUUAAGCAGCCGAUUGAAGAACUUUUAUUCUGAAGACGACGGUAAAGAAUCACAAAUCGAUAAAGUUCAGGAAGAAUUAACAACAGGUCAUCUAGGGGGUUCUAAUACAGUUUCCUUAAAUAGCAUCCCAGCCUCACUGUGAACAGUAUCAAUAGUGGCCAUUUUUGUUGUGUUUUUUUUUUUACUUUUUAUCAACAUAAGUUACUCAAACAUUUCUUUAUAACGUGCCUUCAUGUUUAGUUAAAGUUUUGUUUUACAUAUCUGUGUUUGUUUGUUUUUUUUAAUGAGCGGAACAUUCCUUAUUUUAACACAUCCUAUUUUUAUUUUUACACUUCAAACAAAACUUGUUCAUGAAUGAACAUGUUAAGUUGAAACAUUCAAUACAACUUGCAUUUUGUUUGAAAUUAAACCUUACUAUUAUUACUGUAUCAUAUGGUUUUACUAUAACAGUCAGAUAAAAGAGAUACUUUGUUUACGAAAAGCGUGUAAUUUCAAUAUGGAGCACACAAGGAACCGUUUUACAACACUCGGUUUCCUGCCAACGAAAAUGGAAAGAAAAUGUAUCUAUCCCCCGUAGCUAUAUCAGUACAAUCAGUUACUUAAACAAGAAGAAAUGUUAUCAUUUUGUGAUGUCUAAUGCUCUUUAACCAAACUGUGACUUUGUAAGAUAUGAAGUAAAUGUUUGGCUGAGAAA